AUGGAGCAGUCUAAGCUAGGCCAAGGCACACCCUGAGAGAAUUUCCAAAAUAAGAAUGGCCCAAAGUGAGGAAAACAAAUCGAUAUGUGGAAAGAUGAAAAUAAGCUUUCUAAAAUACUCCCAUUAAGCUCAAAUACCUGUGAUAAAACUCGUUCUGUAAGCGUCACUCCUUGCUCAGAUACCACAAUAGGGAGAUAUUUUAAUACAAAAAUACGACAAACAAUGAGAAAACUGAAGGUAUCCAGUGAUGUCGCCCUCAGUAUUGCUACUGUCCUAGGAAAGGCAACCAGUAAAGUGACCAACAAGUAAGAAAUUCGAAGGAAAAUGUAGCUAUAUUGCUGGUAAAUACCAAAACCAGACCUUUAAGCCAGUAUUUCUCGACUCUCAGACAGCAACUGUGCCUGUAUCACCAAUAAAUUUGAAUAAACCUGUUCCUGAUCCUAAGAUGUUCCUACACAGGAUACACAAGGAUAAGUAAGAAGAGACAGCAGAGGGAGAUGAAAGAGCAAUUGAAGAAGAAGAAAAUGGAAUUUGAGUAUCAGGAGAAGUUGAAGCAGGAGAAUAACAGUUUGGAGAGGAGUAAAAUCGAGCUAGUUGAGCAAAGAAGAUUGAAAAUAGAAAACAGAAUGAAACAAAAGAGAGAUAAGAAAAUAACUGAACUAGAAUUACUCGAUAAGAGCCGUCUGGUUGUAAAACAAUGUAGAAAUGGAGAACCUCUCUAUAGAAAAAUUGCUAAAGAAUUUCAUCAAAGUUUUGAACUCCCAGAAUUAGAAUUUCGGAAGAAAAAGCUCCUUGAAAUCAGAAAUCUUAGGGGCAACAGACUCCAAAAAUCAGAAAUCUCACUUAAUAUGAGCCGAUACAGAUCUAUCAUCAGACAAAGAGCUGCUGAGCUAGAGGAGGAACGGAUGCGAAAAGCAGCAAAUGUAGAUUUUCAUCCUGAGAAAUACCACACCAAAACUCGUCAAAAAGUCAUUGAACAAGAUGAGAGAAUUAAGCAAGAGAAUAUUGCCAAAAUCCAAAAGAGACGUCUACUUGCUGAGAAGAAGAUGAGCUAUGGUAUGUUUGUAAAACAGACUCAUAAACCUCUUAUUUCUAAGAAAUAAGAGAUUAGAGAUGACCUUUAUUAAGCAAAAGAUUCGACACCCAGUAAAGCACAGUCGUAAGGUAUCCAGCAGCGCUGGAUACAACGAGCUGUAUAAUACCACGGGUAAGAACCCGUGGAGUUCAACUUCUCAACUAGCCAGAGGCUCUCAGAUUUCUAACUCAACUUUGCCUCAUUCUAGGACGCCCAUGAACCAAUUAAGAGGUCGCUCUUCACUCCUUGGGAAGAAGAGUAUCAACCAGGGGAUAAGAUUGAGACACAAAGGGACAGGAAUAUCAACUAUGACUCUUAAUAACGCCACAAAAGGUGGACAUCUUGAUAGCACUGCAACAGAAGUUCCUAGGACGAUUUCCUUCACUGAUGUUGUAAAUAAGCUUCACAAGAAAUCAAGGAAGUUGAUUAUAAUGAAGAAAUCAAAGAGAGCAAUAAAGAAGAAUUCUGUAAAGCAAUGAUCGCCUAAGAGAAUACAUAACUACUCUAAAAAGAAACUACAAAAGGACAGAAUUAAGAGGUGGAAAAAGAGCAUCAGGAAAAUGUCCCAUAGCGUUAACUCUAGUAACAUUGAGAGAAUCAAGACAUUAGCUGAUAUGCUUGAGAAUGAAGCAGACCAGAAACAGGAGAUAUUAAACACAACUCAUGCGUUUGAUGUUAAGGAAACUCAUAAGAUCAAUGACAUGUACCUCAGUGCGAUUAAGGCCAAAUUUGCUCUCUUAGAUAUGGACUAAAUCCCCAUGUA